AUGGCACGAAAAGGCGCGGCAGGAUCGAGCGGUGCCGGCGGCGUUAGAGCAGUCUCCUUAUCCGACGUCACGGCGCAUAUCGCUCCUACGUCGGUGACGUCACCGGUCUCGACAGCGGCGAAGGUCACCCAAGCGGCGCCCAAGACGAGCGCUCUAGAGCCGGACGUGGCCUUCCCGGCGGUGUUGAAGGGAUCCCAAAAGCAGAGGGUGCCCCCGCCCGUGCCGCCGAGGGGUUCCCCGAAGGCCAAACGCGGCGGGGGCCACUCGCAAACCACCGGCCACGACACCAAAGGUGACUAUCCCACUUCGAACGCACCGGUCAGCGGUGAAACGCCGCGGAGGCCGUUCGCGCAUAGCGACGGUAGUCCCGGCUUCUGUGGGCAUGUUGUUAAGUAUAAGGAGAUUAGUGCAUGCCGUGUUCGAUCACCACCACCGCCGCCACCAUCGCGUCACCCUCGUAAGGCACCGAAACCAGUUGCUCCCAAAUAUUCCGACUACGUUCGAGACGACAGCACACCUGAAAGGUCCAAUUCGGCUAAAGAUCUGGUCGCCCAAACCAAUAUGAUGGCCAAGUUCAAUAUCGAAAACGUUGUUCGAGAACAUCUGGAUUCUGGGGACUUUGACGAUCUCUCGUUCACCGAAACGAGUGAUGAGGAAAUCGUGGCCGUGGAAGUGAAAGAUUACGGCGACGACAGCGAUGAGGAGGUUGCGCCCAAAGUGAAAAAUUCGAAGAAUCCGUUACAGUUCAUCAUGAGGCAGAAAAGGAAGAUUAAACCUACACCUGUCGUGAUAGAUUCACCCAGGGAAUCGAUAGAUUCCCCGUCUCCAGACCUAAUUCCGGCGAAAUCCCCAAUAGGGACGAUUCCGCCGACGAAAGAGCCACCUAAGAGCCCUGAAAGAGGCGACCCUGCCAGCAAAACUUCCGCCAAAUCGAGCCUAAUGUACGGACUCUCCAAAAAGUUCAAUUUUAAUCAGUCGAGAAAAGAUAGAACUCGACAGGAGCCGAGCAAGAUCAAACCGAAAAUCGAGAUCAGAACCUACAGCGAGGAGCAUUCGGGCGGACCGAAAGUCGACGUUUGCCACAAGAAGGCGAAGACGAACAUCGACAUGUUCCAAAGGAGCAUCGCGAAAAUGCAAACCGACUCGGAGAACAGCUCGCGUCGCAGUUCGAUAUCGUCUGUUGAGAGUUCGAGGGCGCGUAGACCGCCGACGGUCAGGCGAAGGGAUAUUGUGAGCGAGGCUAGGAAAAUCUUCGAAUCCCGACCACCGGCGCACAACAGCAGAGCGCCCGUUGAGCAAAAGCCUUACUCGCCACACGCCACCGACGUCAAACCCUUAGUUUCUAGACCCGUCAGCGGCAAUGUCCACGAUAAAAUAAAGAGGUUCACCGUAAUACCAGUGCCGGAAACCAAAGCGGCCGCUAGGACUGUCUCGCCAGCCGCGGCGCUCCCGUGCUGCUCGACGCCGCCGCCCCCCUUCGAGGAGGCGCCGCCGCCGCGCACCAGCCGCACCAACUCCUCGUCGACGACGUCAUCAAGCGCGUCGGGGCGAAGGCGCGGCGCUUCCAGUGCGGCCAGCGUGGUGACCACCUCCUCCGCCUCCUCGCUGGCCCUGACCCCGGCGCUGGUCAGCGCGCGGAGCAACGAGGCCAGUGUGUGUUGGACGCCGCCUGCGUCCGUGGAGGGAUCAACGCCAACUUGGACUGAAGGCACGCCGAGCUUUACCGAGUCUAGUAGUAGUGAACAAGGCUACCCCAUUACCCCAGCCCGUGGAGCAACACCGAGCGAAGGGCGUCGAUCCCCCCGCGCGCCCCCUCCCCCCGCGCGCAUGGCACCACCCACCACCAUCAACUGCCUCACCAGCGAAGUGGUGGAAGUGCAACACCUCACUUCCGAGACGUCAAGCCUUACGAUAACGACGUACGAGGUACAUCAGCACAUGCAGCAAAUGCACAGCGAGGAGAAACAUUGU